GGUGAAUGCAGCUGCAUUUUGGAAUGGCUUGCGAGGUCAAAAGCUAAAAGUUUCGUAAACAAGGGAGCUGCAAUGUCACAAGCGUAAAAACAACAUAAAAUGGGUGCACUUGACUAUUUUGCCAACUUUUGCACUGUCACCAGCACAAGGAACAGGCGUAGGCCUUUUCAGACAGUUGAGAUCAAAGUCAAAAUGGAUUGUGAUGGCUGUGAAAGAAGAAUAAGAAGUGCUGUCACCAAUCUCAAAGGAGUCAGAUCAGUAGAAGUAAUAAGGAAGCAGAGCAAGGUGACAGUAAGUGGGCAUGUGGAUCCAAACAAAGUACUAAAGAAAGUGAAGGACACUGGAAAGAAACGAGCUGAAUUUUGGCCCUACAUUGAGCAUAAUUUAGUAGCAUAUCCUUAUGUUGUUGGAGCCUAUGAUAAGAGGGCACCUGCUGGUUAUGUUAAAGAUGUUCCUCAAGCUUACCCUUCUUACAAUGGACCUCAAGAUAACAUUUCUACAUUUUUUAGUGAUGAUAAUACUGAUGCUUGUUCCAUUAUGUAAAGAAUUUUAUGUAAUACGUACUUUCGUUCAGAUGUAGUUGUCACGUAUGUACCAGUUGAAAUUCCACAAUUAAUAUGUUGAAUUAAUGAUUAUAACUGUAAUACUAUAUUUUUUUCUAACCUAAGGUGUUGUAUAUUAUUUGGGAUUUA